CGCCAUUCAAUUUUGCAUUGUGCGUACCCCCAAUUCCAAUUUCCAAAUACACUCAGACGCCAUUGUUACGCAUGGCGUCAUUGCUUUUGCCUGCCCCAAACCCCUCUUCUUCUUCCUCUUCUCUAUUCUCCCGCUCCUCUUUUCCCCACUCCACCUUCUUCCAUCGAAGAACCGCCGUCAAAUGCGAGCUGACGGAGCCAGUGAAUGGAAAGCCUUUUGUUCCUGUUCUCAACGAUCAAAUAUUACCGAAGUUCUUGCAAUCCAAGCGGCUCGAGAAUGCCGUCAACAAAAACAGUAACAACAAGAUUAAGAUAUUUUCCGGCACAGCGAAUUCCGCACUUUCUCAGGAGAUUGCAUGGUAUAUGGGCCUCAACCUUGGAGGAGUGAACAUCAAGCGAUUUGCUGAUGGAGAGAUUUACGUUCAGUUGCAAGAGAGUGUUCGUGGCUGUGAUGUGUACCUUGUCCAGCCCACCUGUCCUCCAGCUAACGAGAAUCUUAUGGAGCUUUUGGUAAUGAUAGAUGCUUGCCGUAGGGCUUCAGCUAAAAAUAUCACCGCAGUUCUCCCAUACUUUGGAUAUGCUAGAGCUGAUCGAAAGACCCAAGGACGUGAAUCCAUUGCGGCGAAAUUAGUGGCCAAUCUAAUCACAGAAUCAGGUGCAGAUCGAGUUCUUGCUUGUGAUCUCCACUCUGGGCAGUCCAUGGGUUACUUUGAUAUUCCAGUCGAUCAUGUUUACUGUCAGCCUGUCAUCCUCGAUUAUCUUGCGAGCAAGAAGAUAUGUUCCAGUGACUUAGUAGUGGUAUCUCCUGAUGUUGGAGGAGUUGCAAGAGCACGUGCUUUUGCCAAGAAGUUAUCUGAUGCACCGUUAGCUAUUGUGGAUAAAAGGCGUCAAGGGCACAACAUUGCCGAGGUAAUGAAUCUGAUUGGUGAUGUGAAAGGAAAAGUUGCAGUUAUGGUUGAUGACAUGAUCGAUACAGCCGGAACUAUUGCCAAAGGUGCAGCUUUGCUGCAUGAGGAAGGUGCCCGAGAAGUUUAUGCAUGCUGUACUCAUGCUGUUUUCAGCCCCCCAGCAAUCGAGAGGUUGUCCAGUGGCCUAUUCCAAGAGGUGAUUAUUACAAAUACUGUUCCUGUAAUGGAGAAGAACUAUUUCCCGCAAUUAACAGUUCUAUCAGUCGCUAAUCUCUUGGGCGAAACGAUAUGGAGAGUUCACGAUGAUUCUUCUGUCAGUAGCAUUUUCCAGUGAAGAUCAUCGAUUUGCAAGGAAUAUGGAUGGUGCUAACAAAUUAGUUCUUACGUCGCCGAUUGAGAGAGCUUAUAGUGGGACUCUCUUCUCUAUUGAAUUCAAAUUCAUUAUCUUUUUGUAUCUGUAAUUUAUUUUCGCCCACACCGUGAAAACCACACACAUGCUAAAGGUGCCGGGCCGAUAUAUGUAGGAGUUUAAGAACUCGAUGCCUGGCUGUAGUAGAACCACUUUCACAUUGAUUGAGCCAGAAUAUUGCUCUUCAAUAAAUUUGGGUGAAUCAUUUUCUUUGUGAAGAGAAUGAUUUCUGGAUUAGCAGAAAGAUAAUUGUUUUUUGCUCUUAUUGCAAUGUAUCGUAUGUUGAUUUUGCAGCUA